AUGGGAAUGAAACACUCCUCCCGCUGCCUGCUCCUGAGGAGGAAAAUGGCGGAGAACACUGCCGACAGCACAGAGGUUUGUCCCAUCCCAUCCCAGCCUUCUCAGCCUACUGCUGUUCCAAAUCCAGUUCAGUCUGUCAUACACAUCCCAUUACAACCAAGCUGCCCAGGCCGAGGAAAGAUGGCAAAACUCAUCAGUCCAGAAGAGAUGACAUCCAGGGAUUAUUAUUUUGAUUCCUAUGCUCACUUUGGAAUUCAUGAGGAAAUGUUAAAGGAUGAAGUGCGCACAUUAACAUAUAGAAACUCAAUGUAUCACAAUAAGCAUGUUUUUAAAGAUAAGAUAGUCCUUGAUGUUGGAAGUGGCACGGGAAUCCUCUCCAUGUUUGCUGCAAAGGCAGGAGCAAAAAAGGUGUAUGGGAUUGAAUGCUCAAGUAUAUCUGACUACUCAGAAAAAAUUAUCAAGGCCAACCACCUGGACAACAUAAUCACAAUAUUUAAAGGUAAAGUGGAAGAAGUUGAAUUACCUGUGGAUAAAGUAGACAUCAUCAUCAGUGAAUGGAUGGGUUACUGUCUGUUCUAUGAGUCAAUGUUAAACACAGUCAUCUUCGCACGAGACAAGUGGCUGAAACCUGGAGGGCUAAUGUUUCCAGACCGUGCUGCUUUGUACGUGGUAGCAAUUGAAGACAGACAGUACAAGGACUUCAAAAUUCACUGGUGGGAGAAUGUGUACGGCUUUGACAUGACCUGUAUUAGGGAUGUUGCCAUGAAGGAGCCUUUGGUGGACAUAGUAGAUCCAAAGCAAGUGGUGACCAAUGCCUGUUUAAUAAAGGAAGUAGAUAUUUAUACAGUGAAGACUGAAGAAUUGUCAUUUACUUCUGCAUUCUGCCUCCAAAUUCAGCGUAAUGAUUACAUUCAUGCCUUGGUUACUUAUUUUAAUAUUGAAUUUACAAAGUGCCACAAGAAGAUGGGAUUUUCUACAGCACCUGAUGCUCCCUAUACUCACUGGAAGCAAACUGUCUUUUACUUAGAGGACUAUUUAACUGUAAGACGAGGAGAAGAAAUCUAUGGGACUAUAUCCAUGAAACCAAAUGCAAAAAAUGUGCGUGACCUGGAUUUCACAGUAGACUUGGAUUUUAAAGGACAGCUAUGUGAAAUGUCAGUAUCUAAUGACUACAAAAUGCGCUAGCAAGAAACUUUUCAGAGAGAUGAAAUGGAGAAUCUUAUCAAGUCCUCAACUGCUGAACUUCAAGCUAGGAACAACUGUUCACACGAUUACUAUAUUAAACACUAGAAUGUUUACUCUGGUGAAAGUGGUAACCUGAUCCUUUGUGGAGAUAGUGCAUGGAGCUGGGAUCCCACUGUACAGUAUACAGAACUGUAGCUUUUGUCAAACAUAGGAAAAACAAGCAAUGGUCUUGAGUGUUCUAGCUAACUUUAGAAUGGCAGAAGAUGCAUAUACAAAUUGUAAUACUGUGAAUUUCUGGUUCUUCCAAGCUUUGCAUGUUAAAGAUGAUUAGGACAGUUUUCUCACUAUG